AACGAUAACGUAAAUUUUGAUGCCAUUGGCUAAAAUAUCAAAGACGAGGAAAAUAAUCAUUGAUAAUAUGAGUAAUAAGUGAUAUUAUCUUAAGAGUUAAAAUUUCAAAUAAGAUGCUUAGCGUAACACGAAAUUGUGUUUAUUUAUCGCGAAUUUAUAAUCUACAAGCAAUGUGCUUAAGAUUUACGAUGAAAUUUAUCAUCGUAGCAUUUGUCUGCAUCAUUGGUAUCAAUGCUCUAUCAGAAAAAGAGCAAUGGUUAACGUUUAAGCAAAACCAUGGAAAGAAUUACAAGAAUAUCGCAGAAGAAAAUUACCGUUUCUCCGUAUUUCAAAACAACCUCCGCCAGAUUAGUGAACAUAAUGAGAGAUAUACAAAUGGAGAAACCACUUAUUUCCUAGGAGUCAACAAAUUUGCGGAUAGAACGUCAGAUGAGUUCAGAGGUAUGUUGAAAAGCCAGAAAAUAAAUCUGCUGAAUUCAGAAGAUGCAAAAUUAAAUAAAUUGUCAAAGACAGUAGAGGCAGCCGAAGCUCCUGUUGAUUGGAGAUCAAAGGGGGUUGUACUUCCGGUUAGAGAUCAAGGAGACUGUGGCGGCUCUUGGCCAUUCGCUGUAGCUGCCUCUAUCGAAAGUCAAAAUGUUAUUAUCAAUAAUGUUACUGAACAACUUAGUACCCAACAAUUUAUAGACUGUUAUGGGCCUCAAGUAGAUAAAUGUAAUAUUACUGGUGAUAUACUAAACGGUUUCGAUUAUGCACAGGACUACAGAUUAUUGCCCGAAUCAGAAUAUCCUUAUGUAGGUGCUCAAUCAGUGUGUACAGCUGACACAAAUAAAGGUAUUGUUCGCGCUUACAGUGUCUUUGUCGCUCAAAGCUCAGAAGCAAUUCUUCAAGCUUAUAUCGGUAAAUAUGGACCAAUGGCCUCUACAAUCAAUGCAGACUGUAUCCAAUUGUAUGCUGGUGGAAUCUUUAGUAACUCCUCAUGUCCAAACACAAUAAAUGAUAUCAACUUUGCUCUUUUGAAUGUGGGAUAUGACACAAGUUCUGAUGGAAUUGAAUACUGGAUCCUUAAAAAUUCUUGGGGAACUGGAUGGGGUGAAGAAGGAUAUCUAAGAUUGAAGAAAGGGGAUAAGGAACUUGGUAUUAACCUUAGAAAUGGUCUUCCUUUUAUUUACAGAUAAAUUUAAACUAGACAAUUGUUUUAAAUAAAAAAAAUUUUUAAAGUGUGCUAUUGGUUUUUUUUUUUUU